CUGGUCCGUCGUCUUUGUGGGACAAACACCAUUCGUUGGGAAAAACACCACCUUCCUUCCCAAACUCGACCACUUUGACUUGACAUCGUCCACGUAGCAUGCACGUACAAGGAAUUGUGAUGGCAAUCGCGGCAGCGCUGGUCGCGGCGGAGACCCCACGUCCGCAAAGUAUUGCGUUUUCAUGGCCAGAGAACGACGCGAAGAAACAUUACGAUGAAACUGUGGACCCGUUGUCGCAGAACAUCCCACUGGAUCCGGCGAGCAGCCACCUUCGUCCGCCGACGCCACGAGUGCCCGACGUGUUUGACAUCUUUGUGGGUCUCUCUACGUUCCGCGAUGGCUACCGAUGUGGGUACACGUUGUUCACGGGGUUUACGCGCGCGACGCACCCCGAACGUCUGUACUUUGGCGUUGUGGACCAGGUGAAUCCAGAGGACCAACGAUGCAUCGAUGCGUACUGCGCAUUUGCCAAACAAGAGUGGCCCGACGAAGACUGCAAGUACAAAAGCCACAUCAAAGUCGACGAACGACUCGCGGACGACUCCCGUGGGCCAACCUACGCUCGGCACCACCAGCAAAAACUCGUGGGGGACCAAGAGUUUUGUCUGCAGCUGGAUGCCCACAGCAUCUUCACCAAAAAAUGGGACGAAGGUCUCUUCAUGGAUUGGAAGGCAACGAAUAACGAAAUGGCCGUCUUGAGUACGUACUUGCACCACUGCCAUGAAGGCUACAUCAAGUCGGACGGCACCAACAACCCGCCCGACCAACUCCCCCAUCUGUGCACGACGAUCCGUGGCGGCAAUGGCUGUGUACGCACGGUCGGAGCAAGCAUGAUCCAACGUCCACAGCACCCUCAGAUGUCAGCGUUGUGGGGGGCUGGUUUGAGCUUUAGCAAAUGUCAUGCCGAGAAGCGCGUCCCCAUCGACUCGCACACACUGUGGAUGUUUGAUGGGGAAGAGUUCCUUCGAGCGUCGCAUCUUUGGACGUACGGGUACGACAUGUACAGCCCCAGCACCACUGGCACGGUCAUUUACCACAACUACACGUCCGUCCCAGCCAGAUUUGAAAAUGUCAAGGUCGACUUGGGCCUCAAGAAGAAGCAAGAAGAGAUGGGCGUGAAUCGAUUCAAGCUGAUGGUGGGCCAGCCCUUCCAGGGCCUCGUGGACACGGAAGAAUGGGAAAAGUACAACUUUGGAACGGUCCGGUCGUUCAAGGAUUUUCUCGCGUUUUCCGGCAUUACGUUUGAAGAAGGCAAGACAGAUCAGCAUUCGUGCAAGCAGCUCCACUGGGUGCCAUAUCAAAAGCCCGCCGAGAUCGAAGCGAUGCUGCCGGGAUGGCAUAUGUACCCGAUGCUGCAUGUUCCCGAGCACAAAAACAGCGUGGGCAGCGUCGACGACCACGAUGGUGGUGCCGCGACCGCCGUGAACAAUCACGUCCGUCAGGAAAAGCCCGCCAACUUUGGCAUUGAAGGCACGAUCGAGCACCCCGACCAAGGGCUAUACACAGGGCCGUUGGCGUUCAUGGGGUUCGGCAUCGUGUUGUUUGCAGUUGUCGUGUACACGAACGAUGGCAUGUGGAGCCAGACGAAGCGGUACUUUCGCCUGCAGCACAAGGCGCGCAAUUGAUAAAGCAACUCAAAACCGUGUGUGUGUAAAUGGUUCUCGCGGAGUUUAAAAUUCGACCACGUCAGCAUGACUGCACACUGUGGAGGAAUCGGUGCCGCCGCGAGAUGUGCCCCACUCUGAAUACACCGACACGUUUGGUAAAAAAUAUUGUAAAACGUCAUGCUUUCGUAAAUA